UCCGUCCCCUCCCAUUUAUUAUUACCUCCCGGUAGUUAGGCACCAAAGAGUAGCGAUGGCUACUAAAUAAAAAAUAGAUUCUUGGCAUCCUGUAAACUUUUCUGAUAUCUACUGAACUUGACAGUAUGUACAUUUUCCCCGUUUCAUCUUCUUCCCAUGAUAGGCAGCCAAAAUGUUUUACAUUACAUUAAGUUACGUGUCAAUUAAAGGAAUGGGUAUAUAAACUUUUCUAAAGUUUUGUGGAGUAAAUUAUCAUUUAUAUUUUAGAAAAUGGAGACCGAAAAUAUUUUCAAACAAAAAAAAGGUGAACUGUGUGAAGGGGAAGAAGGAGUUGAGCAGGAGACAGAUAAAAUGGAUACAGAACAAAGCUUCCGAAGUGUUGUGGAGGAGAUGGAUGAGGUAGAAAGCGGAGAAUCCUCAGCGGGGGAAGAGAAGGAAGUCGAAAAAGACAAAAAAAGAAAAAGGAAGGAGCAGCAGGUGGAAGUUGUGGUCGGGGGAAGGAAGAAGAUGCUGCCAUACCAAAAAAAAUUUGGCGCUAUGAAGCGCCAAAUCUCAAAGACGUUUAAAAUCAAAAGAAAAUCCCCAUUCACAAUGGUGAAUGGGGACAGGGAAAGAUUGAAGGAAAUAAGACCAGGGAUGACAAUUAUAAUCCAAUUUUUAGAAAGACCAAAGAAAGCACAAAAAAGCCCUGAAAAAGGGUCAAAAUACAUAUUUCUUGCGGGGAGCAGACCUGUUUUUCAUCGUUGACAUUUUUUGUUCGUUGUUUAGUUUAGUUUUCUAGUUUGUUUAGGUGUUUAUGUUUAUUUUAUAAAUUUGUUGUUCAUUGUAAAUUGUAUAUACAGUUAAAGAUGGUUUUAUGUGUUGUUGAUAUAUUAUUGUUAGAACGAAAUUGUGGACAUUCAUGUUCUUUUGUCUUCCGUGCUAUAACGAGCUUGUGCAAUAUUGUUGUUUCUGUCAUACAUUGAUUGAGAACUGUUUUAAAUGCUUCAUGCAAGUUCAAUGACCUCGUAUUAUAUCAAAAGGAAUAAGAUAUAAUUUCAAUGAGCUAUGCAAGUUAAAUGGUUUAAUGACCUUUACUGAUUAUAACUGUUCACAAAAAUGGGGGUUUAUUUGCCCAUCCCAUGUUAGACAUCAAUAUACAUUGCACAAAAUGAAUGAUAUCAUUGGAGCAAAUCGAAUGAUAGUAAUGGUUUUGGUUUUACUUUAGAAAUCGAUGUUUGAAUGAUGUUUCCAUUUUUUGUAAUGCAGUGUCGAAGAGGCCCGGCCCCUCAUUUUGUGUUUCAAUUUCUAGGAUUUAUUGUCAUAGCUCUCAAACGGUCUUGAGUAUGUUAGGGGCCAAUGGCUCAUUUGCAAGGAUUUUGCAAGGGGAAUUUUUUAGAUUGGGUGGGCUGUGAUGUGAUAGUGACGUCUUGAAUAGUCUUGAAUUUCAAGGAAUUUUUUUAAAUUAAUUGGUUCAAUGCAUGUUGCACAUCAAAAUGAAUAACACCAAAUAAAAGAUCUCACCAAAGCGAUUCAAACGGUGGUAACGGUUUUGGUUUCACUUCAGAAAUUGAUGUUUUUUAUGAUGUUUUGAAUUUUUUUAUAAUGCUUUGUCCAUGUGGCCCGGCCCUCCAUUAUACAUUGCAAUUUCUAGGCAUUCUUGUCAUAAAUCUCAAACGGUAUGGAGUAUGUUAGGGGCCAAAGGCUCAUUUUGAAGGGUUUUGCAAUUGGAAUUUUUUGGGUGAUUACCUUCUGGAUUGGGCGUGACUGUGAUAUCAUAGUGACGUCAUAGUUUUUAAUUGCCAGGUCUUUUGAAGGAUUAUUUUAUUGAAUAUAUGUUGCACAUCAAAUUGAA